AUGGCAGGGCCAGGGUCCGACUACGGCGGCGACCCGGGCGGCGACUGGGGGCGCGGCAACCAGCAAGGCGGCGAUGCAUCGUCAUUUCACUACGACCACGAUCAUAACAACCUUACUCCAACAUCAUCCCGCCAUAAUGUAGCGCACGGCGGCGGCCAGCCUGGAAGGGGCCCGCCCGCCUCCCCCGCCCUCAGUGCCGGGGAUACGGAUCCAGAGUCGAGACGUAGCGGCGAACAGAACCGGCCAAGGAUCCGCGGCUCUAGAACAGCUAGCGGUCAGGUACGGACGUGCAAGAAAUGCGGAGAGCCGUUGACGGGCCAGUUUGUGCGCGCGCUGGACGGAACCUUCCACUUGGAUUGCUUCAAGUGCCGCGACUGUGGGCAAAUCGUAGCCUCCAAAUUCUUCCCAGCGGACGACGAGAACGGCGGAGGCCAGUACCCGCUCUGCGAGACCGACUACUUUCGCCGGCUCGGCUUGCUGUGCCACCAGUGCGGCGGAGCGCUUCGCGGGUCUUACAUCACGGCCCUCGACCGUAAAUACCACGUCGACCACUUCACAUGUUCUCUAUGCCCGACAAUUUUUGGAGCCCAGGACAGCUACUACGAGCAUGAAGGCCAGGUGUAUUGCCACUAUCACUACUCGACCCAGUUUGCUCAGCGAUGCAGCGGUUGCCGGACUUCCAUUCUCAAGCAGUUUGUCGAGAUAUUCCGCAAUGGUCAAAAUCAACACUGGCAUCCAGAAUGCUACAUGAUUCACAAAUUCUGGAAUGUGCGGCUCAAUCCCCCGCCUGACUCGCUCGACCCGGUUAAGGACGACCAUGCCGGGCGCGACCAUGUCCGGGAGGAAGAGGAGCGCAUGGAAGAGAAGGUGUACCGCAUCUGGAGCGUGCUCUCCACGUUUGAAGAGUCUUCGGCUGCCUGUAUAUCAGACAUGCUCCUGCAUGUGAGCAAUGGGGCUUAUGUCGACGGUGUCAUGGUUGCUAAGAAAUUCAUCUGGCAUGUUGAUAUCCUGUUCCAGUCGGCUGACAGACUCGAUUCAACCAUCACCCGGCUGGAUAUGAGAGGCCUGUCUUAUGGCCGCGAAGCUAAGCUUCUUUGCAAGAAGAUUGUGGCUUUUUUUUCGCUGCUAUCAAAAGCCCAGGACCCCAGCGGGGGUAAGAUUGGCGUCACUCAAGAGCUGCUGACUCUAGUCACCGGCCUCGCCCACUACCUUAAGCUCCUCAUCCGCAUUUGCCUCCAGGGUGCUCUGCGUAUAGAGAAAGAGCGUCAGACACCCGAGGGCCUCUACCAAUUUCUGGAGGACCUCAGCGAUCUCGAGGCCCUGAAGACCGAGGAUAACUCAACCACAACCCUACAGUUGUCAAGUGGCAUGUCGCGGCUCUCGGCCAACGACUCUGAUCAUUGCGCGUUGUGUCUGAAACCCAUCGAGGACGAAUGCGUCAAGAAUGGCGACAAACGGUGGCAUGUAGUUUGCACAAAUUGCUCCCGCUGCAGCAAGGAACUCGGGCGGAAUCUCCAAGAUGCGCGCCUAAACCUCUACGAUUCCAAGAUAUUUUGCAACGAGUGCGAGUCUCACGCCUCUGGGAGUCUGCCACCAUUUGAGCGGGUUUCCAAGCUGCAGCAAUACAUUUACCUGCUACAAGUAGCGCUAGCGAGGCUUUUGGAGAUACUUCGCAGCAAUGGCUCCAUCCCCUCCAACGACGACGACCCGAGUUCUAACGGCUACAACUCUGUUGACGGCCAACCUGUAGGGGACCGUCGAUCCAAGUCAUAUGGUGGUGAGUAUCCGCAGCACCACCGGGAGUCGUCCUAUGAGAGCGCUCUCAAUGAUGUGCGCCGGUUGAAGAGCACCCGCAUGGAUAAGCACCUUUCGUCGAGCUUUAGGAAAGCCCGGACUUCUCGGAUUAUGGAUGGGCCUGAGAGCAGCAGCGCUAGGCCAGGUUCUGCAGGCGCUGGUCCCGGUGCUGAGGACGGAGGCGUCAGCAGAGGCUUCCAGAUUGUGGAGGAGCGGGGUUCUGGCGACGAGGGCGCCGGGGAUAUGAUGCUCCGUCACCAAGAGGCGUUGACCCUAGAUGACAUACCCCGAAUCGUUGCUGCCGAGCAAGCGAGAGAGCAGCAGAGGCCAUACCCGCCGGCCCGGCAAGAACUAUUCCGGUCUCCAGCAACCGAGCCCGCUUUUGGAGCCGGAGGCGCGAGCUUCGGCCACCAGCGGAGUUACUCAGACAGCCGCGGCCUAGACCCACGAGGCGCGAGAGAGCCAUCGCCGCAGCGCCGGAAAUACUUCUCGGAGCUGUCGGGCCUUGAAUAUUUCAUCGUUAGGCACCUUGCCGUCCUUACCAUGCAUCCUAUGGUUGAGGCAGAUUUCUCACUGGAAGACUUGCUUGCCUUGAUCGAGACCAAGAAACCACAAACCUUCUGGAAAAACAUCGGCAAAGCCUUCAAGGCUGAUACGAAGAAAGCCGUCAAAAAGAAGGGCGUCUUCGGGGUGCCCUUGGAUGUUAUUGUCGAGAGAGAUGGAGCCGAGUCUACGGACGGUGUGGGCCCCGGCACCCUUCGAAUCCCCGCUAUUGUCGACGACAUUGUGGCGACUAUGAGGCAGAUGGAUCUCUCUGUCGAAGGUGUCUUCCGCAAAAACGGUAACAUCAGGAAGCUUGGCGAGCUUUGCGAAAAGAUCGACAAGGAGGGCAAUGUGGACCUCAGCGGCAUCCAUGUCCUCCAGGUGGCUGCCCUCCUGAAGCGAUACCUCCGGGAACUACCCGACCCGCUGUUGACGCAUAAACUCUAUCGGCUUUGGCUAUCGGCGGCGAAGAUACAGGACGAGGAAAAGCAGCGUCAUUGUCUUCACCUGGCAUGUUGUCUUCUUCCCAAGACACACCGCGAUUGCCUGGAGAUUCUGUUCGUGUUUCUAAAGUGGGCUGGCUCGUUCCACCAGGUUGAUGAGGAGGUGGGGUCCAAGAUGGACAUCAGGAAUCUUGCCACCGUAAUCGCCCCCAACGUUCUCUAUGAUCGGGUAAAGAUGUCAAGCCUCGACAGCGACCCAAUGUAUGCCAUCGAGGCCGUGGACAUACUCAUUACCAACAUCCAGGAGAUGUGCAUUGUCCCUGAUGAUUUGGCCGAUGUUUUGAACGACCCCAACGUUGUGUCAAAUAAUACCAAAGCGGAGGACAUAACAACAAAGGAGAUCAUGAAAAUAUUUUCUGACCGCGCCGCAAACGGCCGGGGUCCGCGACAAUUUGUCGAGGUUACCGAGGGCUCGGGGCGCCAUGAUAACAUGAGCCGGCCGAUGCCUAGAAGGGUAGAAACAGACCCGUCGGCAUGGCAGCAGGAGAGCAGCGUCCGACCAGUCCAGGAUCAACCACCAGCCCCUUAUUCCAACACUCCGCAGGGGACGCCACCGCAGUCGAGGCGAGGAGGUCCGUACGACGGCAGCGGCGGAGCACCCCCGCCACACCACUCCCCCUAUGGCCAGUUCGAACGGACCGGGACACCGGAGAACGGCGAGCGGAACAACAACCAACCCCGCAAAGAAUGGCGUAACUCGGGAGCGUGGGGCAGGCAGAAUAGUGGCGGGCUGACGACUGGAAGCAUCUAG